CCAAGAUCGACCAAGCAUGUACAACUUAUCCAGAAUUAUGCUGGGUACAUCUAGGAGGGAUGGUCACCUGUUCUAGAAUCCAGCCUCACAAUUCAGGAUUCUUCUUCGCUGAUCUUUCCAGCUAUGAAGCCACAUCGUUCAAUUCUUGAGUUAUUAAGGAACUUCUUCCUUGCACUCAUAGUGAUGCUCUGAGACGACAAUGCAUUCACUCUCUCAGCGCCCACAGGGCCCUACUCAACUUUCUCGUCUGCCUCUGACCAAAUUCUCUCACACAACCACCUCCAUCAACUAUAAAGGCCCUCUCACUUGGUCUCAUCUUUUCAGUAACGGUGAUAUCAUCGUUUUAUUUGAAAGAUGCCCUAGAACACUUUCUACCGGGGAGAAAGUGCUCAUGAAGAUCUCUCGAGAUAGGGAAAUACUGGUGUGUCGCCAUGUCAAAAUCUGAAGAGCAUAUAAGCAACAUGAGAGAAAAGCGAGAAAUACUGAAAAUCUCUGGUACGAUAUGGCAGGAGACAGUUGACCUUUCCAAGAUCGCACAAGAAUCAUCCAAUUCCAAUCCAUCACCGACUCAGCAGACACAUACCAAACCGAACACCGCUAUUGUCAUCAAACUGCCGUGUCUAGCAGUAAGAUAUUCGGAGAAAACCUAUAUACGACGCUUCCAGAUCAAAUUCUCUUUGGACCGUGACUACUAUACAGCUCUCUCCAUACUUAGUGAUAUAAAAUGUCCAUUCUCGGAAUCCAACGUUGGAACUCUUGUCCAACCAACAAGGCCAUCUUCAUCCCAAUGGCGCCGAGAAUUGCUCCCUGCUGUCUCAAGAUCAAUGAGUACAUUUCAUCCUCCUCCAUCCCUGUCUAACCUUUCAACCACCGUUGACGGUGUCUUUCAAACUCACCUGCCCACAAGCGAGACACAUGAAAGAACGUCUAGCGUCACAGUCGGUCCCUCGCUGCCUUCGUCUUCGGGUACUGGCUAUACCAUGACAGCCACUACAGAACACGCAACAGCACAUCAUAACAGCGCGAGACACGAACAACACCCAAUGCCAAGCAGGCAGGCCGAGUCUCCAUAUUUUCUGAGCACGUCUCUGGCCCACGCAAGCCCCCAAGAGGAAGUACCCCCUAGACCUUCCACGGCAACAACCGUCCGUGCUAUCCGACCACUGGAGGAACUUCUACCCCCGAAGCGAGACCUCCCGUUUGCGAACCCAGCCGCAAAGCGAGCGUGCACGACAACAGCGAGACCCGCUACGGUUGCACACGGACCGGGGCCGUCUCGAGGACCGAUUUGCUGCACAGACUCGACAAAUGUAGGUUCUAGACAAACGGACCUCGCAGGACCUGUAUCAAGUCUAGAUCCGUGGAACACACAAGUCCAACCAAGACCAGAGCCCCAUAACUCGAAACUCCUCACUUUGAGAUAUCACCAUGGUGCCCCUAACAUCCCCAUCGACAUAGCAACCCACCUACCACCACCAACAAACAAUUCUAUCUGUGUCACCUCACCCGAGCAGAAUACCAAUGGCCCCAGCACCGAGCCAAAACCUCCCCCCAGCACCACUCACAAAUCUCCGCAGCAACAGCAGCAGCACCCAAACGAACUCACCAUGCUAGACCUAUCAUCAUACCUAUCCGAGCCCACCCAGCAACGAACCUCAAAACUACAGAACUGGAUCUGCGAGCACAUCGACGACGAUUCAUUCCUGCAACUGUGCCAGGACGUCGAGGGUGCAUGGGUGCGAAUUGCGCUCGGGAAGUGAGUACAACUUCAGAUACUAGAUACUAGGGACUUUUGUCUCUCCUUCCCAUUGAGUAUAUCAUAUACCAUUAGCGGUAUUCAUUCGUCGUUGAGUAUUUAUACUGCAUAUCACAUAUUCGAUCGAGUACUUGUUACUUGUUUUUCAAUACUCUAUCUACCGAAGGGGGCUUAUUUGCUAGGCAUUUACGCUGCGUUGCAU